GAAAACGGUGGGCUUACGAAAAACUGAGAAACAUUCGGGCGAAAAACACGCAAAAUCAUUUAGUCGGCGCUGAAAAGAUCAUCUUCUGUUCCAGAUAAUUUCCAGACGAGAAGUCGCCAGUGCGAUACGCAAUGAUUGGAGUGCUACGAAGAACCAAGCCACGAUAAGAACUGCAAUCAUGAAAAAUGCAUCCAGAAAAACUCUUGGGGAGUUGCUGCAUCUGGCUGGUGGUCAUUUGUGCACAAAUGCCUGCAGCUUUCGGUUUGCCACCUGUUGUGAGAAUUGGGGCAAUUUUCACGGAAAAUCAAAAGGGAAGUGCCGCAGAAGUGGCGUUUCGGUAUGCGGUGUACAAAAUUAACAGGGACAAGAACUUACUUCCUCACACAUCCCUUGUGUACGACAUACAGUAUGUCCCUAUGGACGACAGUUUCCACGCCAGCAAAAAGGCAUGCGACCAGGUGAACAAAGGCGUAUAUGCAGUGUUUGGUCCUUCCGAUCCUCUGCUAGGCGCUCAUAUUCACUCCAUUUGUGAUGCUCUCGAUAUUCCCCAUCUGGAGACUCGAGUUGACUUGGACAGCGACUUCAAAGAAUUCUCAAUAAACUUGUACCCGUCACAAAACAUGCUGAACCAAGCAUUUGAAGAUGUGAUGGGAUUCUUGAAUUGGACCAAAGUGGCCAUUAUAUAUGAGGAAGAUUACGGAUUGAUUAAGCUUCGCGAGCUGGUCAAGGCGCCCCAUAAUCGCAAUCUGGAAAUUCAUCUUAGACAGGCCAAUCCACAAUCAUACAGGGCAGUGCUGAAUGAGAUCAAAAGCAAAGAAAUUCAUAGUAUCGUAAUUGACACAAAGCCAUCGAACAUGCAGCUGUUUCUAAAGGGGAUUUUGCAACUGCAGAUGAACGACUACAAGUACCACUACAUCUUCACGACUUUCGACAUCGAAACAUUUGACCUGGAAGAUUUUAAAUAUAAUUUCGUCAACAUGACCGCCUUCAGAGUGGUGGAUGGGGAUCAGGUUUUUGUCAAAGAGGUUCUAAGAGACAUGGCGAAGUUUCAAGCCAAUCAGGAAUUGACUCUAAUUAAUAGCAGCUAUAUACAGGCUGAAGCAGCGUUUAUGUACGACUCCGUUUACGUAUUCGCAAUUGGACUUCAAACUCUGGAACAAUCGCAUACUCUUAAAUUGACCAACGUCUCUUGCGACAGAGAACAGCCAUGGGAUGGAGGAUUGAGCUUAAUAAAUUACAUUAAUGCCGUGGAGUUUAAAGGCUUAAGCGGACCAAUUGAAUUUAAAGAAGGCAAACGGAUCCGAUUCAAGCUGGAUCUUUUGAAGCUAAAACAGCACGCCAUGGUCAAAGUGGGGGAAUGGCAUCCUGGUAUGGACGUGAACAUUACCGAUCGAAACGCCUUCUUUGACCAUGGAUCCAUGAAUGUUACUUUAGUGGUAACCACCAUUCUGGAAACUCCUUACGUCAUGAUGCAGGCAGGCAAAAACUUCACUGGUAACAACCGGUUCUACGGUUUUUGCAUUGAUAUCUUAGAACGGGUGUCGCAGGAAGUGGGUUUUGACUAUUUGCUUGACUUAGUCCCUGAUCGAAAGUAUGGGGCUUUUAAUCCGGAAAGUGGAAUCUGGAAUGGGAUGGUUCGGGAACUUAUGGCCCAUGAACAACCAUACGUAAUGCUAAAAUCUUCACCCUCACCCCAAAAUCACGAACGUUACGAAGGCUUUUGCAUCGACUUGUUGAAAGAACUCGCCACAAUGGUAGGAUUCGAGUACAGAAUCGAACUGGUUCCCGAUGGAAAAUACGGCGCCAUCGACCUGGAAACUGGAGAAUGGAACGGUAUAGUUCGACAACUUAUGGAUAAGAAAGCGGACUUGGCAGUGGGAUCGAUGACGAUAAACUAUGCCAGAGAAAGUGUGAUUGACUUCACUAAACCGUUCAUGAACUUGGGAAUCAGCAUAUUGUUCAAGGUGCCAACAGAUAAAGAGUCGGCAUUCUUCACGUUUUUGAACCCUUUGGGCUUGAAAAUAUGGCUGUAUGUUUUCUCAGCCUACGUGUUGGUGUCGAUAACAAUAUUUGUGGUAGCCAGAUUCUCGCCUUACGAAUGGCAGAGCCCGCAUCCGUGCGAUUUCGAAAACGAGCAACUGAAAAACCAGUUCACUUUGGCCAACUCCUUCUGGUUUACGAUCGGCACCCUCAUGCAACAAGGCUCGGAUUUGAACCCGAAGGCAACAUCUACCAGAAUUGUGGGCGGUAUUUGGUGGUUUUUCACACUAAUAAUAAUAUCAUCAUACACCGCGAAUUUGGCAGCGUUUCUCACAGUCGAGCGAAUGAUCACACCGAUCGAAAAUGCUGAAGAUCUGGCAGGCCAAACCGAUAUUCCUUAUGGAACGUUGGAAAGUGGAUCAACAAUGACAUUUUUCAGAGAUUCGAUGAUCGAAACGUAUAAGAAAAUGUGGAGGUAUAUGGAAAACCGUAAACCAUCCGUGUUUGUGCCUACAUACGAAGAGGGAAUCAAGAAGGUUUUGCAGGGCAACUAUGCCUUUCUCAUGGAAUCUACCAUGCUGGAUUAUAUAGUCCAAAGGGACUGUAAUUUGACCCAAAUUGGUGGGCUUCUUGACUCCAAGGGUUAUGGCAUAGCAACUCCCAUGGGAAGCCCGUGGAGAGAUAAGAUAUCCUUAGCCAUUUUAGAGCUUCAAGAAAAAGGAGAAAUCCAAAUGCUGUAUGACAAAUGGUGGAAAAACACUGGAGAAACGUGCACAAGAAACGACAAAGGAAAGGAAUCGAAAGCGAACAGUUUAGGUGUGGACAACAUUGGGGGAAUCUUCGUCGUCCUGCUAUGUGGUCUAGCAUUCGCCGUUGUUAUUGCCAUCAUGGAAUUUUGCUACAAUUCAAAAAAAACUGCAAUUACAGAGAAGCGUUCUGCCAGCGCGCCACAUCAGUCAAUUUGCUCGGAAAUGGGUGGCGAACUUUGCUUUGCCAUUAGAUGUAGAGGGUCCAGACAAAGGCCUGCUUUAAGACGACAAUGCUCAAAAUGCCUCUCAGGAGUUUCAUAUGUCCCUUCUCCUUUGGACAUUCCGCCCCAUCCACCUCAACCAGCCACCAGAACAGCUCCACCUUCAAAUGGGCUGAGCCCGAGAAUUUGUCCUUCACACAUUCAGAUUAAAGAAGACCAUGUGGCUUUUCGAGCAGGUGGGCACAAUGUUUCACCUUAAAUAGGAGGAGACUGGUCUUCGAACUUUAAAUAAGUGUGUUUUACUUUAGCUAGUAAGAUUUUUUAAAUAAUAACUACUACGCGGCCAGGGCAAUACUUCUGUUGCGGCUAAUCCCUUCUUCGAGUUUCUUUACAUUAAAGAAAUAUUGGG